AUGAAAGGUCGUCGUCUCGGUAGUCUCAAGCUUUACAAGUUUGAUGUGCCUUAUGAAUCUGAUGUCGGUGUUAUAGUAGUAAGCCAUGGAGCCAUAGAAGAAGCUCUACGGAUUCCAUUGACGAAAUACACAGGAGGAAGACAAGGAAGAGGAUCAAAAGCUGGAUUGUCCAAAUCGUUCUUAGGUCAGAUCCGUGGAUUCUUCAUUGGGCGCGAAGAUUCCAACUUACUUAAUCAGAUCUUUGACUACAUAGUCUCCAACUUUUGUUUCAAGGAUCUUAGUAUGGUACCUUCAGCAUGUCCGGUCCUCGUCUUUCACUUACAAACUAGAGAGUUUGGUCAAGAUCAUCAUGUUCCUGAGAUUGACAUGACAAUGCUAACACGCUUUCUUUUAAACACAUUGGAAACCAGACAUUCUAUCAUGGCGGAUGAAGAUGCAAUAAACAGAUGUGUACCAAUUGCUCCACCAGUGACGGAGAUCCUGGAUUGUUACCGAAGUUUGGAAUCUUGUAGUCUUUGUGAUAAAGGGUAUCCGAAAGAAUAUGAGAUUGUUCAUAAAACAAGAUGCAAUCACAUCUUCCACGGGACUUGUAUCUCUCGUUACUUGCUGCACACUCCUAGUUGUCCUGUUUGCACCACUCACUUGCCACCUGUCGACAUCCGAACUCUCCUAUUCUCCUGA